AUGGCUCAAAUUGAAGUCGAGAACAUGUCUGUAGACAGCCCACAGCAACCUACACAUGAGAAACGAACGACCGGGAUACCCUCUGAUUCGGACACCCUAGAGCUAGAGCCAACACCCGUCGGUGUCACGGAGGAGAAACAUACGCGGCAGAUCCGUGGUUUGCGAUGGUUGAUUAUAUGUGUCGCCAUCUACAUCACCUGCUUCCUCUACGGCCUCGAUACCACUAUCGCCGCUGACGUCCAGGGCCCCGUCGUCGAAGCCUUUGGUCAUGUCGAGCAGCUCACUUGGCUUGGUGCGGGUUUCCCCCUCGGCUCAGUCGUUGCAAUCCUGCCCGUCGGGGCCCUCUACAACAUGUUCAACACCCGGUGGAUAUUUCUCGUCUCUGUCAUAACUUUCGAAGUUGGCUCUGCACUGUGCGGUGGUGCUCCCACCAUGGAUGCCCUCAUCGUUGGCCGUGUCAUAGCCGGUGCUGGUGGCAACGGCAUAUAUCUCGGCUCCCUCUAUUACUACGCCUUACUCACCACCCCAGAGGAGCGUGGGUUUUAUAUGGCUCUUAUAGGCUUCUGGUGGGGUGUUGGUGCCAUCCUUGGCCCUGUCAUUGGAGGUGCUUUCGCUGUGUCCGCCGCAACUUGGCGAUGGGCAUUUUAUAUCAACCUGGUUCUCGGCGCCGUCUCAGCUCCCGCGUACCUUUUAUGUCUACCGUCUCAUCAUCCCAUCCAAGGGGUUAGCAUCAGGGCUCGCCUAGGCCGUCUAGAUUGGGCCGGAUUUCUUCUCGGAGCUGGUGUCUGGACCUCGUUCCUUCUAGCUCUCACGAUGGCUGGUGGCCAGUGGCCAUGGAAAGACGGACGUACAAUUGCGACAUUUGUUGUCUUUGGAGUUGCACUAGGUCUUUAUGCUGUCCAACAGAGCAUUCCCCUCUUCACCACCGUCGAGAAUCGAUCCUAUCCUGUUCAGCUACUCCGCCAGCGGACACAAGUACUUCUCUACAUCACCACCGCUGCCGGUAUCACAUCCCUCUAUGUCACUGUGUAUUUUGUCCCCUUGUACUUCCAAUUUGUCAGUGGCGAUAGUGCCUUGGUUGCUGCUGUUCGUUUGCUUCCUUUCUUAGUUGUUUGUAUCACCAUCAACCUCGCGUCUGGCUAUUUCCUCAGCACCAUCAAGGUUUACAUGUUCAUGUAUGUCAUAUCGUCUAUCUUUAUUACCAUCGGGGGUGCACUUCUCAUGGUCUACCUACACCCCGAAACUCCUUCGGGUACGGUCUACGGCCUCAUGGUGGUUAUUGCCCUCGGCACUGGCCUGGCCAUGCUGUCAGGAUUCGCGGUUACGACACUCACCCUGCCAACCAAGGACGCUGGAUCUGGCCUCGUCCUGCAAAGCAUCGCACAAAUUGGCUCCCAGGUCAUUGCCCUGGCUAUAGCUGGCCAGAUCUUUCGGUCUACGGCAUUCCGAAAUUUGAGUUCAAUAUUGGCUGGCAAGGGAUUUUCUGACAGCGACAUUCAGAAUGCUGUUGCUGGUGCCUCCAGUGACUUAUUCGACAAACUCGAAGGCAAGCUGCGUUUGGAGGCCAUCUCAGCGAUCACGCGGGCAAUUCAGACUACUUUUGUUCUGGUACCAGUUGCUGGAGGGGUCAUGCUUCUUGCCGGCCUAUGCAUGAAGCGUGAGAAACUCUUUGGUCAUGGCCGGGGUAGCUUGUCAGUACAUACCGGUGCCUAG